UUUCAACAUUAUACCCAACAGUGGGCACUAUGUCUAUGCAACGGUCAUCCUCGCGUUUGAAAUUAUUUAUGACCGUCGACUUACCACUGUUGUUAAGGCCCACUACUAAAACGUUUACUUCUUUUUUCCUAAGACCUAAAAGAUUCGCUAAACGAUCAAAGAGCCCCAUUCUCUGUGCUCUCUUGAAGUGUUCUUACGUGUUUAUCGAACAUCAAUAGCGAACGCUGUUAGCAUUGAUUAUUUGAGAGAAGGAAAAGGGUAGACUUUAUAAUAAAAAUAUAAUUAUCUAAUCUGUAUAAAAAUUAUUAGUAUUUCGCAUACUAUUCGCAAAGAUUAUAGACUUUAUAGAAGACCAAUAUUUCGAACAAUUAUUUCAUGAAACUUUAACCUUUGCUUUCGCUAUAAUACAAUUUCAAUUCACAAUUUCAACCGCGAAGUUGAGAGACACUGCUAAAACACAUGCUUUUGUAGUACCUUCUUGAACAAGGUAAUUCCUGAAGUAUGAAUGUAAGAUUUGUCAUAUGAAAAAGUUCAAAUUAAUAGUUCUUGUAUACAGUUAUUAUUAAAUUCUGUAUGUUAAACUUGAAAUAUUAAGAAAAUGCCGAAGGGUAAAGCAAAAAAGUUCAUCGACAAGAAAAAUUCGGUGACAUUUCAUUUAGUUCAUCGGUCACAAAAAGAUCCGUUAGUUGCCGAUGAAAAUGCCCCUCAACGAGUUCUCGUGCCUGCAGGAGAUACACAACCAGCUAAGUCAGAGAAAAACCAGCUAAGCGAUAGCAAACGCAAGAAAGAACAACAAAAAUAUGGCAUAUACUUUGAUGAUGAUUAUGAUUACCUGCAGCAUCUUAAAGAUAUAAAUACAUUGACAGCCGAAUGGGAACGUGUAGAUUAUACAAACAAUUCAAGAAAAAAUGAGGAAGGAGAUGACAAAGUUGCACCAAAAAUUAAUUUACCUUCUUCCGUGUUUGCCUCAAAUGUGGAAGAAAAAGUUGGACUUCUCAAUAAAGCAGCCCCUGUUUCUGGAUUACAAUUAAACUUGGAUCCUGAUGUAGUUGCUGCAAUGGAUGAUGAUUUUGACUAUAAUGAUCCUGAAAAUGAAUUGGAAGAUAAUUUCGUGGAAUUAGCCAAUGCUGGAAACAGUGACUAUGAGUCUGAGAAUGAAGAAAAGUAUGAUCAAUCAUCUAAUGUUUCAUCUGAGGACCAUAUGGCAUUAUCUGAUGAAGAACAAGAUGAAGUGUGUAGUUUGAAUGGUCCUCAGUAUACCUUUAGGGAAGAAGAAACAAAAUCACGUUUUACAGAAUAUUCAAUGAGCAGUAGUGUUAUAAGAAGAAACGAACAAUUAACUCUCUUGGAUGAUAAAUUUGAAAAAAUGUAUGCAGCAUAUGAUGAAAAUGAAAUUGGUGCUUUAGAUUGUGAUGAAAUUGAAGGAUAUGUAGCUCCAGAUUCAGACUUACUCCUACAGUGUGCAACUGAAUUUGAAAAACAACAAAAUGAAAAUGCCGAAAAUAUUGCACAACUUAUGAAAGAUAGAAUGAAAAUAUUGGAACAUGAAUAUUCUAGUUCUGAGGAUGAAAAUAAUUUGGAAGAUCUUGUAGUUGAGGCAAGACAAAGGGAUCAGUGGGAUUGUGAAAGUAUCAUUAGUACAUAUAGUAAUAUUUAUAAUCAUCCAAAAUUAAUUUCUGAGCCCAAGCCUCUACAAAAAAUUAAAGUCAAUCCGAGAACUGGUAUUCCAAAAAAUGUGUUGGAUGUAAAUUCUGGAAAACUUACAGCUAAAACUUUAGCUCAGUUUGAUCAACAGAAUGAAAAUUCUAAAGUAAAGGGACCCCAAUCUGUUGCUGAGACCAUGAAAUCAACUUUGAGCACAUUAAGUAUAAGACCUAAAGAUGAAACUCCAGACGAAAGAAAAGAAAGGAAAAAAGCCCUCAAAGAAUAUAGAAAAGAAAGAAGGGUGGAACGGAAAGCGAACACUGAAGCUUUUAAAGAGGAAAAGAAACGCCAAGAGAAAAUUUUCUUGAACAAUAAACAGCACAUUCAAGGAACUCGUAUACUUUAGUGUAUAAAUUUUUGUAUAUUCUACUUCGUGCAGAAAAUUAAAUAAUUGACGAUAGUUUAUACUUGUUAUUGUACAUUGAGCAUGUACUUGUACACAUUUUAAAUAUAUUUAAUACACCUUUUUAAAUGCUUGCAUUCAUGAAGUGAAUAAGAAGAGACUUACUUCCAGAUGAAGAUCGUACAACGGUUGAGAAUGGUCAGAACAAAAAUUAUAACAUGUGUAAAACAUAUCAACUUAUUUUUUAAAUUAUAUUUAAUAUUAAUAACCAUACGAUAAAAUACUUGAUAAUUUCGAAGUUGGUUUAGUUCGAGAAUCGAAAUAUCGAAAGCGC